UUCUCUUGACUUGCUCGGCGUGAAGCGGAGUCUCUCUUCAAUCUGCGACUAGAGACCAACACAUUCAGUCACACUCCCACCCGGACUCAAUUACACUGACCGAAUCAGCCAUUCAUCUCUUUCAACAUCCCUCAAACUUCGCAAAACUGGGAAGUAAAUUAACAGUGUUAGCUAGCUAUUCCAUUUUUUUUUUUUAAAGGAUUAACGUUACAGUGAUUUUCGACGCUAAGGUGCAGAGCAGUGAUGUCACCGAUCUGAGGACAUACAAAUAUGGAGUUUGGAGAGCGGCUGGCCUCCCCAUCAUCAGCCCUGUCCUCCCUUCACAUGGCCUCCUCUUCAGCCAGCUCCUCCCCUGCUCCACCCCAGACACCCUCCACAAAGUGCAGCCCGGCCCCUAGCCCUGCAGCCAGCUCUCCUGUUACCACCUGUGGCCAUCUGUUCCAGAUAACUGGGGAUGAACGUUUAAAUAUGUCUGGCAGCUCCAAUGGUUUUCCUUUGGUCACCCGUCCAGCUUUUGGGCUCUACACGUCAAGUUCAGGACGCUCUGAGUUUGGAGGCCUAGGAAGCCUGGGUUUGUCUGCCUUGGCUGCUCACUCCCAGUUUGGUACGUUUCCAGACUGGUGGUGGCCGUCUGAGGCCCACACCAGAGGAGCAACGGCCUUUUUCCCUCCUCUUCUGGGUCUUCAUCCUGUAUUUGCAUCAACCUUCAAAAGCCACGAUCCCAAUCAGUCGCAAUCACGUACCUCAGUUUCUGUAGGCGUAACUGGAACAGUGAAUGGUAGGAUUGCUUCUUCUCCUACUGGGCACUUCGCUGUGAACACCAGUUCGUUUCCAACAAAAGGAAACCCAGAGAAAACUGAGGCCAAUAGUAGUAAGAGUCGAAAGAUCAGACAGGACCUGGGCCAACUUCAACGGGAGAUCACCGAGAAAACGAAAGAAAAGAAACCCAACAAAAGACCACUAGAGACCUCCAGCAUGAGCGGCAGUCAAUCUGGAUCAUUGUCAGAUAGCUCCUCCAGUGAUGGUGAGGUGAGCAGCAGUGAUCCCGAUGACAUGGAGGAGGAGGACAAUGAUGAAGAUGAGGAUGAUCAGAGCAAUGCCAGUGUGGACUCUGAUUCAGAAAAAGACAGUCGAGUGAAAAGGAAAGUCAACUGGCUGACACAGAAGACGUCUCAGAGUAAAAAGAAGAGACCUUGUACUGCAGAUGGAAAUACAACUCAAGACAGUCAUUGUGACACUGUUCCUUUAACUUCGGCAUACCGCUUGCAGUCCUCUUCUCAUCUCACUGGCCUGUCACAAACCACAGCUUUGUUCCUCCAGAGCUCCAGGACUGCAGAGGAGGAAGGCCAGCAGCACAUCAGUGUCAUCCAGGCCACAGGGUUUGCAGCCGGCAACAGUCCCCAAGCAACGUCCCGCAGGGAGUCCUCUCUUCUGCCCUCCAGACCACCAACACUGUUAGCCUCACAAAAGCCUCCCCAAAACCUCCAUAAAUCCAAAUUCCUGAUGCCCUCUCUGAAGCACACCCAGCUGGUUGAGGGUAUAAAGGAGAGCAGUGGAAACCUUAUGGACGAAAGAUUGUUACACUUGAACAGUUUUAAAUUAAAACAGCCCCACUACUCCAAAGACUCCGUGAAGCCAGCUGUAUCUCUGCGACCUAAGAGCAAGAACUGGUUUAAAAGUUACAAAAAUUCAGCAUCCUCUUCGUCGUCGCUGACACAGCAUAAACAUUUGUCAGAUGCGUUGAGCAGUCUGUCUCUCCCACACAGCAAUGACACCAAUCUGUUCCAGAACCACCACAUCAAUGGAGUGAUCCACAGCGCAGUUCAGGAUGCCCCUUUGGCCCUCAUCACUAAACCACGCAGCCAGAGCAGCACCCCCAGUAGCAAGCCCCCCCUGGUAGCCACCAGCCCUCCCUAUCCCAUGCCCAUCAACCUAACCACUGGCACUAAGGAGAUGUCGGGCAGCUCUGCUUUCCCACCUAAAUGUUCAGCCUCAUCAGGUCUUGCUCACAGAACAAUGAAGACUAACACUACUACCAAGUCUCUGCAUACAGGAAAGAGCCUCUCUAAAACCAACUCAUCCUAUCCACCUGUAGACUCAGUCAGAGGUAGUGAGUCUGAUAUCCACAGCAGCAGGGACUCAGAUGACUCUUUAGGAAAUGACUUUGAUGAUGAAGACGAUGAAGCCGAUAUUGAGGAUGAAGAUUCUGGCAGUAGCCUGUCAGAGUCGGGGAGCAAUCUAGAUAGCGACUCCGAUGGCUCUGAGGAUGAUAUGAAGGAGCGCGGUGAGACAGAAGCAGACAGCGAUGCUGAAGGGACUCACCUGAAACUCGCUAACGUGUCCUCUUUGAAUCUCUCAGCCAACUGCUCCCUACUGAACCUGAAGAUCAUCAAACCUCCUAGUUUACCAAGUAGCUUACUCACCCCUACCACAGUGACCAGCUCAGGGACACUGAGUAACCACAGCACCCUGUCGCCUCCCUUCAAGUUUGCCACACUUCCAGGAUCGGGGAAGAGGAGGAGAGUAACUGAUGAGAGAGUUCUGCGGUUGCCGCUUGAGGUUGGCUGGAAGCGAGAGACCCGGAUCAGGACUGUGGCAGGUCGUCUACAAGGAGAAGUGGCUUACUUUGCUCCAUGUGGGAAGAAGCUGCGUCAGUAUCCUGAUGUAAUGAAGUACUUACUCCGGAAUGGAAUCACCAACAUCUCACGGGAUAAUUUCAGCUUCAGUACAAAAAUUAAAGUUGGUGACUUCUAUGAAGCCAGAGAGGGACCAGAGGGUUUGCAGUGGUUCCUGCUGGCAGAGGAGGAGAUUGCUCCCAGUAUCAUAGCGAUGGAUGGGAGGCGCAGUCAUUGCACACAUUCUAAGCGCCAGCAGAUAAGUAAUGGCACUGGGGCCAGACAGUGGAAUUCUCAUCCUCUUAAUAUGGGUGAAAAUAACUUCCAAGAUGUCCGUGAUGCAAAGCUGCUACGCAAAUUGGAAGCUCAAGAAAUAGCUCGACAGGCAGCUCAGAUCAAAAUGAUAAGGAAACUUGAGAAGCAGGCCAUGGCGCAAGCAGCCAAAGAGGCAAGGAAGCAACAAGCAAUGAUGGCUGCAGAGGAGAGGCGGAAAAAGAGGGAGCAGAUGAAGAUUCUUAAACAGCAAGAGAAGAUCAAGCGCAUUCAGCAAAUUCGUAUGGAGAAAGAACUCCGUGCACAGCACAUUCUUGAGGUAAAAAGAAAGAAAAAAGAGGAGGCAGCAAGUGCCAAAAUAUUGGAGGCUGAGAAGCGAAACAAGGAGAAGGAGAUACGAAGACUGCAAGCUGUCAUACUGAAGCACCAGGAGUUGGAGAGGCAUAGACUAGAUAUGGUAUGGGAGAGGGAAAGGCGCAGGCAACACAUGAUGCUCAUUAAGGCUGUGGAGGCCCGUAAGAAGGCAGAGGUAAAAGAGCGUCUGAAAAAAGAGAAGAAGGAUGAGAAACGGUUAAACAAGGAGAGGAAACUGGAGCUCAGAAGACUGGAGUUGGAAAAAGCAAAGGAGCUGAAGAAACCAAAUGAAGACAUGUGUUUAGUAGAUCAUAAGCCACUUCCAGAGUGGUCCCGGAUCCCUGGUCUGGUCUUACCAGGAAGUACCUUCUCUGACUGCCUGAUGGUGUUGCAGUUUCUGCACAGUUUUGGAAAGGUCCUGAGGUUAGAUAUAAAUCCCAAUAUGGUCAACCUAAGUGACCUUCAAGAGGGCUUGCUCAACACUGGGGACAGUUUGGGCAAGGUGCAGGACCUGCUGGUGAGCAUGCUGUCCGCAGCUGUGUGUGAUCCUGGGAUACCUGCAGGUCACAAGAAUAAGACCGCCUUGGGGGACCACCUGACUAAUGUGGGGAUCAACCGAGACAACGUGUCUGAGAUCCUGCAUAUCUACAUGGAGGGUCACUGUGAGCAGACAGAGCUAGCUGCUCUGGCCCUCAGCCUCAAGACCAAGGCGUUUCAGGCCCACAGCCCAUCACAGAAGGCCUCCAUGCUGGCAUUCCUGGUUAAUGAACUUUGCUGCAGUAAGGCUGUGAUCAGUGAGAUCGACAAAAACAUAGAUCACAUAACCAACCUGAGGAAGGAUAAGUGGGUUGUCGAAGGAAAACUUCGCAAACUCAGGAGCAUUCAUGCCAAGAAAACGGGGAAGAGAGACAGCAGUGUAGGGGGAGAAAACAGACACAGCUUUGCCAUCCCCACUGCCAGAAACAAAUGCAAGAGGAAAGAAGGGGACAGUGAGGAGGAAGAGGACGAAGAUGACGACAGUGAAGACCAAGGAGACGACGACGACGAUGAUGAAGAAGAAUCUGGGGGAAAGAAGGGAAAGAAAGCAGAGAUGUGUGAGGAGGAGGAAGACAGUGUACACUCAGCCAGCAUGGAAGAGCUAGAGAAACAGAUUGAGAAAACAUUCAAGCAACAGAGUCAGAUAAGACAGAAGUUGUCUGACUCAUCUCACUCACUGCGCUCUAUGACGAUUGGACAGGACCGCUACAAGAGACGUUAUUGGGUCCUACCGCAGUGUAGUGGCAUCUUUGUUGAAGGCAUGGAGAGCUGUGAAGGUUAUGAAGAGGUGGAGAAAGAGAAGAAAAGACAGAGGACUGACCAGGUGCUCAGGGUAAAAGAAGAGCAGCAGGAAGAGCUGGAGAAGCCAACGGUGUCCAGUCCAGCGCAGAGCACAGACAGCGAUACAACCACACCAGAGGGCCAGCAGGACAAAGACAGCCUCAAUCUCUUUCUCCAGAAACCCGGCUCUUUCUCUAAGCUCAGCAAACUCCUUGAAGUAGCCAAAAUGGCUCAAGAUUCAGACAUCAAUUCUCACAACAGUCUUUCUGCUAAAGUCCCUACCACUGCAUCUUAUUCCUCAUAUCCAACCUCUCACACAGUCACUACCCAGCAGGGACUGAUGGAUAAAACAGAUACUUUAGUGCCGUCUCUGCUCAGAAGUAGUCCCUGGAUAACCUGCAGCCCUGACUCUGUCAUACAUGACAACCAGCUUUCCAAGAUACUAAAGGAAAAGAGCAACCAGUGGUUUAGCCUCUUGCCUCGCUCUCCUUGUGACGAGUCUUCGUUUACCUCCGGCUCCAGCCCUCCAGCCGCCUCCUCUCCGCCUCAGACCGUCAGCACUAAAUCCCCCUUCUCCCUCUCCCCUAAUCCCCUAGUCACAGCCAGUUCUGGUGCUCCUGCUGGGAUCAGUAACAUGCAGCCGUCUGUCCUUCAGCAAGUAAAGUCUGGCAUUCAUCAAAGCAGACUGACACAGUGCGACGUGUCCAACGCAGCAAGUCCCAGCCUGCCCUUCUCUGGUGCUUCUCUAUCCCCCAUGUUGGAUCUAGCCUCCCAGCAUGCAGAGGGUAAUGGCAACAUGGUCUUCUUCCUGGCAAAUAACAACUCUGUCAACAAGAGUGAGACCCCAGAGCCCCUGAGUGACAAGCACGAUUGUGCGUCAUUCCCUGCUGUCAAGACCCAGGAUUACCCUAGUCCUCAGCCUAUCCCCGAGGAGAUGUUGUGUGGCUGGUGGAGGGUGGCACACAUGGAGGAACUGCACAGUCUGGUCAAGGCCCUUCAUAGCCGAGGCAUCAGAGAGAAGGCCUUGCAGAAACAGAUCCAAAAACAUUUGGAGUAUACGACCCAGCUCUGUGCCAACAGCAAAGAUGCGAUUGAUGUGGCAGAGCUGGAGAAGCGGCAGGUGAGUGAGGAGAUGGUGGACAGUUGGUGUGUUGAGGAGAAGGCCAUGGAGGUGGAUAUCAGCCUGCUGCAGCAAGUCGAGGGUCUGGAGAGAAAAGUUGUCUCUGCUCGCCUGCAAGUCAAGGGUUGGAUGCAUCCUGAGCCCCAGUCAGAGAGGGAGGAUCUGGUGUAUCAUGAGCACAAGCUCUUAUCUUCCCCUGUUCCAGAAAAGAAAGCACAGAGAGAAACCAACCAGGAUGAACAUCCCGGCACCGUAGUGCGGCGGCCUGACAAUCCCCUUGAUAUAGCUGUCAUCAGGCUGGCGGAGCUGGAGAGAAACAUCGAGCGAAGCAGAGAGGAAGAGGUGGCACCGGGGAUGAAGUUGUGGCGCAAAGCCCUCGGGGAAGUCCGCAGCUCAGCUCAGCUGUCGCUCUGCAUUCAGCAGCUGCAGAAAUCCAUCGCCUGGGAGCGAUCCAUCAUGAAAGUGCACUGCCAGCUCUGUCAAAAGGGGGACAAUGAAGAACUGCUCUUACUCUGUGAUGGCUGCGACAAAGGCUGCCACACUUACUGCCAGAAACCCAAGAUCACUACAGUGCCUGACGGCGACUGGUUUUGUCCCACUUGUGUUGCGAAGGAGAGUGGUCAAUCCCCUCGGAGUAGGAAGCAACUGAGCCAAACAGCUGGAGGAGGGAAAAAAGGCAGUGAGGUAAAACGAAACAGUAAGCCAUCUGUGGUGGGAGAGCUCAUCAAAGAGGAGGCUGCCAGCAGCAACAGCGUGCCAAAGAAGGGUACCAAGGAGUUCAAAAAGAGAAAAGGAGACGACAGCCCACCCAGCUCCCAGGCCGGCCAUGAGAGCCCCGUCUCCUGUGUGAAAAAAGCCAAAACAGCCAAAGACAACAACACAAAUGGGCUGGCAACGUGCCGAGUACUGCUGGCCGAGCUGGAGGCCCAUCAGGACGCUUGGCCCUUUCUCAUGCCCGUCAACCAGAAGGCCGUCCCAGGAUACAGGAAGGUUAUCAAGAAGCCCAUGGACUUCUCCACCAUCAGAGAAAAGCUCACCAACAACCAGUACUUGAAUUUGGAAACUUUCAUCGUUGACGUGAACCAGGUUUUUGAUAACUGCGAAACGUUUAACGAAGAUGAUUCUGAAAUUGGACAAGCCGGCCACAGCAUGAGAAGAUUUUUUGACAAGCGAUGGACUGAGCUGCUGGAGUAAACAAAUACAGUUUGGACUUUCUACGCUACUCUCAACAUAUCAAACUUCAUCUUUGGUGUUGGAGGCCUUCUCUUCACCUGAGACACUAAAUCAGCAAAUAAGUUAUAAUAACACAGCAAUGUAAAACAACAAAUUCUCCUGUUGACAAAACACACUUGUUGAAUAUCUUAAAGUGCAAUACCGUUGUCUGUAUCAAAAUGCACUGACUCCUGGACAUAAUAUUUUAUUUGGGAAUGAAAUAUUUCCACAUUAGAUAGGCCCUUGGCGUUUUUAUCAUCAGUACUUUAGCUUAGUGUAUACAUGUGUAUUUAUUUUCUCAAGUAUUUAUGUCAGUCUUUUCUAAGAAAAAGCAGGACAUGGCACUCAGCUUUAAAAAAAAAAUCUAAAGAUUUAUGGACUUUUGAACAAGCCAAUCAAAAAAAAUUGUUUACAGUUUUUGGGCUGUACUACUGUUAAUCUGCGAGGUAAUUGUGUAAAGGUGUUAUCACUGUCACUAUUUACAAAUCUAAUUUCUAGCAUGUAUAGAGUGUAUGUACAGUGCACUGUUGUUAAAAUAUUGUUAAUGCAUAAGGAUGAUUGUAGCACUUCAUGUCUUAUAUUGUACUCUGCCUGUGCUGAAUAUCCACUCAAAACAUGUGGUCUCCUCAGUAUUGUAGUGCCUGACCUCUGACCUCUAAACAGUGUAUGGAGAAGUGUGUUGUUUUUUCUAUUUUCAGUUUGUCCUGCACAAUAUACUGUAGGAAACCCUUACACAAAAUGUAACAAAUACACAGAGCUCCUCCUUUGAAAAGAAUUGAUGUGGUGCAAAUAGUGUUUCAUCUCCAAGCAUUUCCUUUAGCCAGUCUUGUCAGACAUCCUGUGGACAGACGUGAAACCUGCACUGGGCUUUAAUCCAGCUGGGAGUCAGACAGUCACGGUCCACCAGAGACAUCUCAAGACAGCUGAAGUCAGGAGACUUGAAGUAACUGUAUUUUUUAUGAAUAUUGUGAAAUGAGUAGCGACUUUUGUGGGAAUAUUAUUUUUGAAUAGUGGGUGUGUGGCACAGAUUAAAAUAAACCUGUUUUUCAAA